UCGUGGCGAGACCAUGUUACUGUAAUUAAUUCCUUUACUUCAACAGGUGUCUGGAAACGCGGCGGUGUUGCCGAAGGUCAUUAUGUACACUGCGGAUGCCCUUCUUCAGAUCGGUCUUCCCUGCUGGUUUGCGACACAGCUUCAAGUGCACGGCGGGAGCAUUGCUGAAGCUGCAUAUGCCUGUGAGUGGUACAACGAAUCUAUAGCCUUCCAGAAAUCUGUUGGUUUGAUCAUGAUGAGGGCCCAGCGCCCGGUCGUCCUGACACUGGGGCCCUUCGGAACCGUAUCCCUAGAACUAUUCGCAGCAGUGGUGCAAUCAGCGUAUUCCUACCUGACGUUACUGCGGCAAGUGUACGCGGGGAAGUAG